AACUUCCAAAGGUGUAGAGUAUGUACUAGGAAUUUUCCUUUUUGCCGUAUCGCCUGUCCUUUUGUCCCUUAUCGCGUUCUUGUUGCUCGGCAUGUCCCUCGCUUAGGUAUGAAAAGAGAAGAGCGAAAAGAGGGAAUGAGAGGAAAGUGCCAACAGUAGAGGAAAAAAAAAAGGGAUCACAUUUCUGAUAAGUAGUGAAGAGCACACCCUCAUUUUGAGCAUCCCUCCAAAAAAAAACACACACACAAGACAUUCUCUCACUCAGCUCUUUCUCACACCGAACUUCCUUCAUCAUCCAUGGACGACCAAUGCGGCCCAUUUAGCUGGGAAUUCUGCUUCCAGGAAGAGGUAAGAAGAACUGCAUGAAAGAGCCAUGGGCAUGGAGGAGCUGAGGCAGGCUCUCUUGUACACUACUUUCGAGCUGCAGACCACAAUUGCCUCGGCCAAGGAGGAGAUCUCAGGGAGAGAGCUAGAGAUGAUUCAAAUCAAGGAUUUGUUGACCAGGACCAUGAAAGAGAGAGAUGGGGCUCAAUCCAGAUGCGAGGAGCUACAAUUGGAGAAACUCAUCCUCCAACAACAGUUAAGCAGAAAAGAGCAACCAAAAUUAGCCGCAGCUCCAUCGCCGCGCAAAACUUCUAGUGGCGACGAUGAGGCAAUGUUGGUUUCCUCCGGAGUAAGUAAUUCUCCGCUGUCUCCGUCGUCGCCGCAGCCGCCGGCCCUGCCAGUGCCAAAAGUGGCCUUGGAAUUGGCGGUCCAGAAGCCGUUGCCGCCCAAAGGGAAGCUAUUGCAGGCGGUGAUGGAGGCAGGGCCGCUCCUCCAGACGCUUCUCCUGGCAGGUCCCCUGCCUCAGUGGGAGCACCCACCACCACCGCUUGACUCUACUGAGAUUCCUCCUGUGGCCAUUCCUUCUCCAAGCUCCAGCGCAAAGUUCAAUGGCGGUUUCGGUAACAAGAGGAGUUCGGAAUGCAGUGAAACCUCUGAAUCCCCCAAGAACAAGCAUCAGAAGCUCAUUUUACACUGAUAAAAAGAGCAAGUGCUUGCCAAAAACUAGAACUUUAGUGUGCCCUUUCACUUUUCUUUUUCUCCUAGAACGAUGAAGUGAGUGGCUCUUUUGCUUCACUUUAGAAGUAGACCAAGUCUCUCCUAGAAUUACAAAAGAGGGAUCUUUAACUUACAUUCCAAGGUGGAAAUAGGCAAUCUUGUUCAGUAUCAAGAGUACUAAUUGUGGAUAGAUGCGUGUAUAGAGUUCUGAUAUAACUUGUUCAGAUUAGUAGGGGGGUCUGCUAACUUCUGAAUACAACUUUUGGGACUCUGAGACACUCUUUGGGUAUUUGUUGGGGGAAAAAGAAUGAAGAAUGCUAUGAUUUUCUCUACUUGCUUUUCAGCUUUUCUGUUGGAUGUGUUAAAGCAUAUGAUGGUGAUGAUGAGUGUGCGUGGCCAUGACAUGCAAUCAUAAAUCUUCCCGGGGAUUUUCCUUCCA